AGAUCAUAAAGCGCUAUUCCUCACUCGCGAGCACAUUGCGAGGAAUUGUUUAACCUGUGGUAGAUUAAAAAGAAAAAACUUAAACUACUAUUUUGUUUAGCGGAUGUUGAGUCGUUUUGUGCUAUGUAGAAAGUUACGUGUAGCAUAAUGUAGCGGUAUCAUUUUAUCGUCAUUAGAGAGAGAAAACGGUUACCGACGCAAACCUUUGCUAUCGAAAACGUCAUACAACUCAUUAAAACGUCAAUAAGAAUAAAUAAACAAGCCACAUAACAAAAGCCGGUCGCAAUGGCGGGUUUCAGCGGCGGGGAUUGGGCCGUCUUCGUAGUCUCGUUAAUGGCUUCGUUGGGCAUCGGGAUUUGGGCAGGAUGGAUGGCCAAGAGGAACACGGGCGGGGAUUCGAAGGCAGCAGCUUCCGAAUUCCUCAUGGGGGGCAGGAAGAUGAAUCCCUUUGCGGUCGCCAUGUCUACUAUGAUCGGCGCCAUUUCUUCGGUCACGGUGGUGGGCAACCCCGCGGAGAUGUACGCCUACGGGACCCAGCUCUGGAUGAAUCUCAUUGGUACGACGAUAGGCAUGGUGUAUGUGCAUCUGGUUAUCCUCACCGUGAUGUAUCCACUCAAGAUUACGAGCGUUUAUACGUACAUCGAAAAACGUUUCGACUCGAAGGGCCUGCGUUCUUUCACCGUGUUCACAACGUUUAUCGGAACGUUUUUCUACCUCGGUUUAGUCUCGUAUUCCCCGUCGCUGGCCAUGGAGACUGUCACAGGCUUUCCCGCGUGGGCUUCCAUUAUUAUAAUGGGGAUAAUAUGCACCAUCUAUUCCUCUUGGGGAGGCGUGCGGGCGGUGGUGUACACAGACAUCCUCCAGACCUUCGUGAUGUUCGUGGGCGUCAUCGUGAUCAUCAUCAGCGCCACAGUGGAAGCCGGUGGACUCGAAAACGUGUGGAGUGUCGCUGACGAGCACGGCAGGGUGGAGUGGUGGAACCUGAACCCAAACCCCCUUCAGCGCCACAGCAUAUGGACGGUGACUGUUCAGGGCUACUUCUUCGCCCUCCUCGUCUUCGGGAUGGGGCAGCCGCAGGUCCAGAGGAUCUGCUCGGUGGAGACGUGGAAUAAAGCGAUUUUCGCUCAUUACCUCAACAUGGUAGCCAACAUCGCCGUCUUCUGCUGCGUGAACUUCAUGGGCAUCGCCGUCUAUGCCGUGUAUGCCAACUGCGACCCCAUGGCCACUGGAGAGAUCUCGAAACCCGAUGAAAUAGUCCCCCAUUACGUCAUCGAUAGACUAUCCUAUCUGCAUGGUAUUCCUGGCCUCUUCAUUGCGUCUCUCUACGCUGGUGGGCUCAGCUCCUACUCGUCCCAGAUCAACGCAGUGACAGCUGUCAUGUGGGAGGAUUUCUUCAAGAACUCGCAGUGGGUGGCCAACAUGGCGGAUAACAGGAAGCCUCUGGUUAAUGUUCUUGUCAGCGUGAUCACAGGUUUGGCGGGAAUUUUGGCAGGUGUGGUUGCCUCUCAAAUGGGCGGUUUAUUCCAAGUUGGCCAGACUAUCCUCGGGACUAUCCACGCCCCUCUCCUCGGCCUAUUCAUCUUGGGCAUGUGUGUUCCCUUUGCCAAUAAGAUCGGCGGCAUCGUAGGGUUCAGCGUCUCCCUCCUGUUCAACCUGUGGGUGACGAUCGGCGCGAUGUUCUACGGGAGACCUACGCCCUUUCUGGAAUUCUCUGACGAAGGGUGUAACGCCACGACUCCUUUUGACCUCACUACAACGACUCCCUUUGACUGGACGACCACAGAGUUCACUUCUACUGAUAAUACACAGACGCCUGAAGAUGACUACGUUUUUCCCCUUUACUUGGUCUCCUAUACCCUCUAUUCUCUCUUCGGUGUUUCUGUCACCUUUUUCGUCGGCACAAUCGUCUCUCUUUUCACAAACCCGUGGCCAGCUGACCGAUCGGGGAAAAUGUACGUUCAUCCGACGUUCUACAAACUGAUGAAAAUGUGGGAGGAGAGACACCCACGCGAGGACCCGGCGGCGAGCACAAAGAACCUCGUUAGUUUGGAGAAGUUUUAGGA